GUCGCGAUUGAGCGAAUGGAUAUAGUGACAUCGACAGUCACUCGAAGUACAAUUCAACAGAUCUGUGUCAUGAAGCAGGACGUCCUUGGUUUCGGGUAAUUAUUUCGUAUGACCCUUUCGGUAUUCGUAUUCCCAUGGAUGCUCACUAUCUCGUCCCGCCCCUUCCUACCUAGAACUCCUUCUCCUCCCUCAUCCCUGCAUAUUUUCGACUCGUUUCAGCCUUGAAGUCGUUAUUUUGGUGUUGUUGCAGUAUUCGCAGUAAUUGUUAUUUGCCAAGAUAAAGCAAUGAACAUCUCAUGAAUAUUAACGAUGUCAACUGGUUUAUACAUUGGAUGAGUGUCAUCUACGUAAUGAGAAUUGCAAGCGUUCAUUGAGUAUCGUUCUUUAGUUCAAAACUCAAACAUCAGAUUCGAGGCGAAAGUACUCGUUAACCAAUCAUCCACACCAGUAACUUAGCUUUCGCGAUUCCCCACGUUAAAUUCGCGAACAUGUGUCGCCAUAAUCCCACGUUAAAUUCGUAAGUUAAGGAGACAUUGACAGUGGACUUCGAGAGAAAAAGCAAGAUGAGCAAAGAACGGGGCAAGGAGAAAGGCUCGUCCGAAAAGACGGUGCAGCUGCCACGCAACGAAAAUGGAGGCAUUCUCAUAGGGGACAAGGAGCUGCGAGUAGCAUGGGAUUUCUUCGACGCCAAAGGCACCGGAAAGAUAUCCGCACAUGAGAUAAAAAAACGACUAUCAGUCUUCUACAAGAACGUCUCCGUGAAAGAGAUACGAUACCUCCUCAACAAUCAGUCCGAGAUCACAUUCGACGAAUUGUACUUCUUCGUCUAGUACUUGCAGUGGCUCAUGAUCUAUGCUUUCUUUGAUGAGCCGAAACCUGUUAUUUUACAUCACGACACGUUGACGACUAGUAGAGGCUGGAUAUCAACAUUCAUAAGGAUCAUCCGCGGUUAGCAUAAACAUCAAGAUUGCACCAGAUGAAUAAUAAGACAGCCAAGAUGUAGUUACUAGUUGUAUCUUCCAUUUAUUCUUCCUUUAUCUCUUCCCCAGGCGAGACCUCCUGAAGGAUAAUACUUUGAAGAAUUUCGAUCCGGUGAAGGAUGCUUUCAAAGUCUAUGAUCCGAAUGACACGGGAGCAAUAGAUAUGGCAGUAGUCCAAGAGCUAUUUCAGGGUCUGGGAUUCGGCGAAAUAUCAGACGAAGACGCACAGCUCAUCAAAGAAAUGGCAGACGCGGAUGGGGUAACCACGGCCUACAACUCGUUAAUGUAGGGUUUGAUAUUUGGUUGAUAUUGAUUGUGUCUUUAUUCGUCUAAUCAAUGAUGAGCACGCCGACUUCAUCAAUGCGACUCCUUCUUGCACUCGAUUUGACUACGUUUCUGCAAAACCAACGCGAGUCAUCUUCAAAAUUUUCAGGAUGGGAGAAUAACGCUGGAGGAUUUUAGACAGAUGGUGCCCUUCGGAAAGGCACAGAAAAAACCUGAGGUUUCAAAGGAGAAAAAAGAAGAGGGUGCCGCCCCUGCAGCCGCGCCAGCUGCUUGAGCUAUGAAGAUAUACGAUCCCGAGACGCACACUAGGGCUUCCGUUUGCUCUACCCACAUACGAGAUCAUGUAAAUGAUCAUCUACAUCUCAUCUCCAUAUUAUGUCGUUAGUUCACAAAUAAAAAUAUCACGACCACGAGACAACGCACACGGCUAGUAUCGCAAUAUAUCACAACGACAAGUCACUGUAUAUCACAACGCUAUGCGAGAGCUAUAUAUAAGAAAUCCUGCUCGUAGCUACGUCUAUUUUUUUACCGUAUCCGAUCAUCAAGCACCGUGGAGGCUGUCCUGGUAGUCAAACAAUGACUUAGGCAGCGCAAGCAGAUUCAAAAAAACAGGUAGUAAAACAAGGCACCCGCCCAUCAUGGUUCCAGGAAAGAGUUUCAACAUCAAGACAAGAAUGUUGAGACUUCAUUUCCGCGAAUUUUCACUUUCACGAGUCGACUGUUUUCCCAGCGUCCUUCGCUGUAAU